AUGCCUGUUUACGCCUUGGGCUCAAACGGUUCUUGCCAACUUGGAGUUGGCCACGAAGAAGAUCUCUCUGCGCCAUCACUCGUUGAGAUUGAAAAGCUCGACGCCUCAGUCAAGGCCAUCAAAGCUGGAGGAAACCACACUUUGAUCCUCACUAAAUCCGGCACCGUAUAUGUCACUGGUGAGAAUAGUGAUGGACGAUGCGCAAUCUCUACAGCGGUAGCUUCUAUUUCAUCAUUCGUUCCGUCAAGUUUACCUAGAAUGGAUUUCAUCGUAGCUACCUGGGAUGCCUCCAUUUUUGCCUCCGCCCAUGCUGUCUACGUCUGUGGCAGUGGCGCAAAAGGUGAGCUGGGUCUUGGAGAGGGCAUAGUGAAAGCAGACUCUCCACAACAGAUUGCAGAUUUCCCGCCUUCAGGUACUCACAUUAUCGACUUGGCUGCUUGUAUGGGCCAUGUUGUUGUAGUCUUGUCGGAUGGGUCGGUCUAUGGAUGGGGAACUGGACUGCAUGGCCAAUUGGGAAACCCACAUGGUCUUGUCUGGCAACCUCGUCGACUUGAUGGCAUAUCGUUCCCUGUCUCACGCGCCGUCUGUGGCAAAGAUUUCACAUGUGUUUUUGGCGAUCCUGCUAGUGGACAAUUACAAUUGCUCGGCCUGGAGAAGCGCGACAGAUUCAACAUCAAGUCAAACACCCCUCAAACGCUUCAAAAUUGGACCGAUGUACAAGCCACGUGGGGCAGCAUUUAUGUUCUACUAUCUGACAAUAGACUUGUUGCUUGGGGUAGGAAUGAUCACGGGCAGCUCCCUCCUGCAGACCUUCAGAUAACUGCGAUGGCAGCUGGUAGUGAGCACAUGCUCGUUCUGACGACUUCUGGCAAGGUCUAUGCGUGGGGCUGGGGAGAGCAUGGUAACUGCGGCUUGCCUACCGAUGAACAGCGCGAUGUUAAAGGCCGAUGGAACGAGCUCGACGUAGGCGGGACCGUCGAGCAUAUCGGCGCUGGCUGCGCAACGAGCUGGAUCAUUACCGAAUUUAUUUGA